AUGAACGAUACGACUGCUCCAAACGGAGGGAUGCACAAUCUGGGCACGAUCUUGAAGCGGCUGGAGGCCGUCACUUCCCGUCUCGAAGACGCAGCCAUCCACGGCUCGCUCGGAUCAGCCGGUGGUGCACAGACCGGCCGGUCGCCCGCCAUGUCAACGCAUGAGUCCGUCGGCGGAGCUGCUGCUGGAGGUGCCGCUGCUGCCUCUGCACCGCCGCCUGCUGCUUCGGAAGAGCCAGCCGCGCCGCACGUUCAGGCAUACCAGGAGCUCAUUUCCGGUCCUCUGAAAGAGUUCACGUCCAAGUCUGAGGCUCUCGGCGGGGUCGUGGCGCAGCACGCCGCCCUCCUUCCUCCUCUCCUCCAGGCUCAACUCGACUUCCUCUCCCUAGCCUCCAAGCACGCCAAACCCGCUACGAAGGACCUCCCCGCUCUGCUCGGCCCGCAAGGUCAAGCUAUUUCAGCCAUCGUCGAGGCGAAAGAUAAGCUUGGGCGAGGCAAGGAGGGACGGGAGUGGGGAGCAUGCUUGAGUACCGUUGGGGAGGGUGUUUCCGCUUGGGGUUGGGUUCAGGUGGAGCCAGCACCCGCACCGUUCAUUGGCGAGAUGAAGAACGCGUCGCAGUUCUGGGCCGAUAGAGUAACCAAGCAGUUCAAGGAGACUAAGCCCGAAGCUAUUGCCUGGGCCAAGUCAUUCACUGCGCUCAUUGAUGCGCUCCAGGCCUAUGUCAAGCAGCACCACACCACUGGCGUCACCUGGAACCCACGAGGCCCUCCCGCGCCUUCGUCGGUCCCAGCGUCCUCCUCGGCUCCGGCAGCCGCACCGUCCACGGCCCCAUCCGCCCCGGCAGCCAAGUCCACUCCAUCUGGCGGGCCUUCUGGCCUCCUGGCCUCGCUGAACCAAGGCGGAGCCGUCACGUCAGGUCUCCGCAAAGUCGACCCUUCGCAGAUGACGCACAAAAACCCGGAGCUUCGCACCUCCUCGGCUGUCCCCGCCGCAGACGAAAAGAAGGCCGCGCCUGUCGUCAAGCCGAAGCCUGCUUUCGGUGCGGCGGCGGCCAAGAAACCAGCCAAGACUGAGCUGGAGGGUGGGAACAGGUGGUCUGUGGAAUACCACGAAGACAACCGCGAUAUCCAAAUCACGGACACGGCCAUCUCGCACGUUGUCCACAUCUUCCAAUGCCGAAACUCGACCAUCCGAAUCACCGGUAAAGUCAACGCGGUCACCAUGGUCAAUUGCAAAAAGGUCGCUCUCGUCCUCGACUCGGCCGUGUCUGCUUUAUCCAUCACCUCGUCCCCGUCCUUCGAGGUCCAGAUUACGGGCACAGUCCCGACGAUCCAGGUGGACAAUACCGAUGGGGGACAGCUGUACUUGAGUAAAGAGGGGAUGGGGGGCGUGGAGAUUAUCACGAGCAAGACGAGCGCGAUCAACAUUUCGACGCCGGAGGGGGAGGAUGGGGACCUUGUGGAGAGGCCGGUGCCGGAGCAGAUGAAGACGGUGGUCAGGGGUGGGAAACUGGUUACGGAGAUUGUGGAGCACAAGGGGUAG